GUGCUGUCUGCCUACCUGAAGUAUAUGGUAGAUGUGUUCCAUCUACUAGGAGCUCCCAAUGAUACCUUUACCAGGGAGCGAAUGAUCGAAGUCAUUGAUUUUGAAACCGUACUCGCCAAUAUCACAGUGCCCCAGGACGAGCGGCGAGACGAGACUAAAAACUACCAUGUCUAUGACCUGGCAAACGUAUCCAGAUCAUUUCCUCAGGUAAAAUGGGUGCACUACAUGAGCCACUUGUUGGAUGAGGUAAACAUCACUGUGGUCCCAACAGAGAAAGUGGUCGUGUACGCUCCAGAGUUUUUAGCUAAACUGAACUCAGUUCUAGCAAACUACACAUCAACCCAGACUGGUCAGAGGAUUCUAAACAGUUACAUGCUCUGGCAUGUUGUCAGCGACUUCGCCACCUUUUUAUCAAAACCAUUCCGAGAUGCCAAAAAAGAAUUAUCAGAAUCCAUGUCUGGACUAACAGGAAAUGAUGACACCUGGCAUAUAUGUAUCACUGACACAGAUUCAGUGCUCGGCUUUGCUCUGGGUGCUCUGUUUGUCAAAGAGACCUUUGUUGGGGGAAGCAAAGCAAAGGCCAAGGAGAUGAUAGAAAACAUCAGGGAUGCCUUUAUCUCAAACUUGCCAAAGCUGGACUGGAUGGAUCCGGUCACCAGAGCUGCGGCAAUAGACAAGGCCCUGGCAGUCAACGAUAUGAUUGGCUACCCAGAUUACAUCAUGGACCCCAAAAAGUUAGACAAGAAAUACCAGAGUUUGCACAUCAACGAAUCGGAUUACUUUGGCAACAACCUGGCCUCCAUUCAUUACAGCUUCCGGAAGACCUUUGAAAAGUUGAGGAAGAAACCACAGAACGACUGGGUUAUGUCCCCUCCUACAGUCAACGCCUACUACACGGCAAGCAAAAACACUAUUGUCUUUCCCGCAGGAAUUCUACAGGCCCCCUUCUUUGACAAGAAUUUCCCACUGUCUCUCAACUACGGCGCUAUGGGUGUAGUUAUGGGACAUGAGCUGACUCACGGAUUUGAUGACCAAGGCAGAGAGUACGACAAGCAUGGCAACAUGAAACAGUGGUGGGCCACAGCCGCCAUUAACAAGUUCAAAGAGAAAACCAAGUGUAUGAUCGACCAGUACAGCAAGUACCAGCUUCACGAGGAGUAUGAACGAGGAAAGCAGACCUUGGGGGAGAACAUUGCAGACAAUGGAGGCCUGAAAUCAUCGUACAAUGCUUACAAGAAACUGGUGCAGAAGAAGGGAAGUGAGCAGCUACUGCCAGCCUUGGGCUUGAGCCACGAGCAGCUGUUUUUCCUCUCCUUUGCUCAGGUAUGGUGUUGGAACAGCAAGCCUGAAACUGACCACAUGCAGUUUUUGACAGACUCGCACUCUCCAGCCAAAUUUAGAGUCAUUGGGACGCUGUCCAACUCCUACGACUUUGCCAAAGAGUUCAGAUGUAGCAACAAAUCAAAGAUGAACCCCAAGGCCAAGUGUGAAAUAUGGUAA